CUUUGAGAGAGAGAAAGAGCCGCCCAAUCUUCAAAACCGCAACUGUAAGAACUCUCUCCUGCUACUGGAUUUUCUUGGGCGUUCGGUUUUGAUUUCUUGGCGCCUUUCUUCUCCAUUGCGGACUUGGAUUCCAGAAAACAUGGAUGGGGGAGUAGCUUACAAUCCUCGGACUGUGGAAGAGGUCUUCAGGGACUUUAAGGGCCGUCGUGCUGGAAUGAUUAGAGCUCUCACCACCGAUGUCGUGGAAUUUUAUCAGCUUUGCGACCCUGAGAAGGAAAACCUCUGCCUAUAUGGACUCCCUAAUGAACAGUGGGAAGUUAAUUUGCCUGCGGAAGAAGUACCUCCAGAGGUUCCGGAACCAGCAUUGGGCAUUAACUUUGCUAGAGAUGGGAUGCAAAAAAAGGAUUGGCUAUCCCUUGUUGCCGUUCACAGUGACGCAUGGCUUCUUGCUGUGGCUUUCUAUUUUGGUUCUAGAUUUGGCUGUGAUAAAUCUGACAGGAAACGCCUCUUUACGAUGAUAAAUGAUCUGCCCACUAUAUUUGAGGUUGUGACGGGAAGUGUGAAGAAACAGGGAAAAGACAAGUCAUUGGUUUCAAAUAACAGCAGCAGCAAAUCCAGGACUGGCCCAAAGGGGAGAGACUCUGAAUCAAGCAAGUUGUCUAAUGGGUUGGCAAAAGAUGAAGAUGAGGGACUGAAUGAGGAAGCUGAGGAGGAGCACGGGGAGACCUUAUGUGGGGCAUGCGGGGAGAAUUAUGCAUCGGACGAGUUUUGGAUAUGUUGUGACAUAUGUGAGAAGUGGUUCCAUGGCAAGUGUGUGAAGAUCACUCCUGCAAGGGCCGAACAUAUCAAGCAAUACAAAUGCCCCUCGUGCAGCAAUAAGAGGGCACGGCCCUGAUAAUGAUGGGUACCUCGUUAAUUUUAUUCAUGUUGGAUUAAGCUAACUUGUAGUCAGUCCAAUAUUAAUCCAUGUCCCCCCAGGGUAUGUACUAAUUGCGUUGGCUGGAAUCUUGUUUAUUCGGAUAACUUACAGGCUAUUAAAUGUAUUCUAUGUAAUUCCCAACUGAGAUACACAGAUUGUUCUAUAUGUGCGGACCUGUCGGCUAUGGAAUCUGAAACACUAUAAUUUAUCUUAUUUAAUUGUUUCUGAUCUGCUUCUUA